GGGGACGCUCUGCCCGACAGAGGGAGGCUGCCAUGGCCCCGGCCGGCUGCUGCUCAGCCUCGCAGACAGGCAGAUGGACAGCCAGCGGGCAUCACCUUUGGCUGCUUUGCCUCUUGCUGACGGGCCCGCUGGGGAGCGUGGCCAGGGCCUGCCCAGCCCCUUGCCAGUGCUUUGGGAACACCACCGUCUUCUGCUCCGAGGACUUCCUCAUGGACGUCCCCGAAGGCAUCCCUCCCAACGCCACCCAGCUGUUCUUUGUGGAGACCUCUCUGGAUUCCCUUCCGAGCCGGGCGCUCAGCCACUGCCAGGCCCUCCUCAGGCUGGCUUUCCUGGGCAACCCCAUCCAGUCUCUGGGGGAGGGUGCCUUUGCAGGGCUGCCGAACCUCCAAGAACUGGAGAUCUCGGCAAGCAGGCUGGAGGCUCUGGCGGGCUACCACUUCCUGGGCUUGGGCAACCUGAGGCAGCUCUCUGUCAAGUUCAGCCCCAUCAAGACCCUGGAGCCGGGGCUCUUCAACCACACCCCCAGCCUGCAAGGCCUCCACCUCCAAGGGAACAGGAUCGUGUCGCUGCCCCCCCACAUCUUCCAGCCCCUGAAGCGCUUGGAGACCCUCGAUUUGUCUCAGAACGAGCUCCCUGGGCUGCCAGAGCCCCUCUUUGAGCCGUUGGGAGGCCUGCAGCUGCUGAGGCUGAGCGACAACAGCCUGACCUCCCUCCUGCCUGGCACCUUCUACCCGCUGACAAAGCUCCAGGAGCUCCGCCUUGAUGGGAACGCCCUGGCGGAGCUGCCCCUGGGAGUCUUCUCCCGGCAAUCCCACCUGAGGCGGCUCCACCUGCAGCACAACGCCUUCACCCGCCUGGGGCCCUGGGCCUUCUCCGCCCUGCCCAGCCUGGCCUCCUUGAACCUGGACAGCAACCAGCUCACAGAGCUGCCGGCCGGGCUCUUGGCGGGAGCUCCUGGCCUCACCAGCCUCUCCGUGGCGCACAACCAGCUCCAGGCCAUCCCAGAGAGUUUCUUCAGCGGCCUCUCCAACUUAUCGCUCCUCGUGCUGUCCAAUAACAGUUUGAGCACCCUGCCUGCCGGGGCCUUCCGCGGCCUGGCUGCCCUGAGGUGGCUGGAUCUGGGCCACAACCAGCUCGGGGUGCUCCCCAGAGACCUCCUGGCCAACCUCACCAGCUUGGAGGUGCUGACCAUUGCGCACAACCAGCUGGCGGCCCUGCCCGAGGGCAUCUUUGCCUCCAACCCCUUCCUUGCCCAGGUGGCUCUGAAAGGCAACCCCUGGGCCUGUGACUGCCACCUGGCACCCCUGGCCAAGUGGCUGCAGGGCACAGACCCGCUGCUCAACAGCCAGGCCUCCUGCCGGAGUCCAGCGUACUUGGAGGGAUGGGGUCUCCCCACACUGAAGCCGGAGCAACUGGUCUGUCCGCGCAAGCCAGGACCUUCCCGUUGCCGGGCAGAGCCUCAGGAUCCCUCCCCAGAGCCCAGCGCCCUGCCUCAGCGAUGCCCUUACCAGGACUCGGCAGGAGACGUCCACUUGGUAUGUGAGGUGGGCAUUUGCCACCAGCUCAGCCUGUGCCUCCCUGCGGGGGAAAGUCUGAACAGCCCCGGGCAGAAUUUCAGCAGGGAUCUGUCCCUGCGGGCCUCAGGCUGUGGGGCCAUCCGGGUCCGGGUUACAAUCAGCAUUGAGGAGGAGGAGCCUCUGCCUUGACCGCAGCUCCAGGAACAGCAAACCCGGUGACCCCGAAGCAGGACAUUUCUGCACCAGCACAGGGCAAGCCGUGUGGCCAUCAAGGGAACGGAGGGGGUGGGGGGUCCGGGAGAGCUGGCUUGGCGUCCCACCCAGUCUGCACCAAAGCCCGGCCGGGCGGUGAGAAGCUCACACUCUCUGCGGCGCCUCAGUUCCUCCCGGGGAUGCCGGAGACCUCCCCAGCCGGGCUGGGUGAAGCAGCUGCACUUCGACUGAGAGGGAAGCUCAGCUGUGCUUGGGGGGGGGGGGGGCUUUGGAGGGUCCCCCACUUGGCUUCCGGCCAAACUAUUCAGAGGGCCAGCAGCGGAAGCUUAAGUAGUUGGGGGGGGGGCGGUAUGGUGGGGUGUUUUUUUUGAAGAGUUCCGUCCCGUUUGCUUCACUUUGGCCCAGCUGUGGCCACCACCAGACGGUGCUUUGUUUGGGGCCGAAGAGGGCUGAAGCCAAAGAGGGCCCCACAGCUUCGCACAGGCCUAGCAGCACAGAGGGCAGGGCCGUUCCGAGGACGAAUCUAGCGAAGCUGUGCAAAGUCGGCUCCCUGUCAAGAGUCUGUUCUAUUGCUGGAGAGCCUCUGAACAGGGUCAGGCCAGAAAGGGAGGAGUGCGAAGGGCCCUUGGCAAGCAGCCUUCCCUCUCACCGGGGCUCCCGGACGCUGUUGACUACAACUCCCAGCAUCCCCAGCCAAAGGCCGCUGCAGCCGGGGAUGCUGGGAGUCGUAGUCAGCGCCAUCUGGGAGCCCCUGUGAGAGGGGACAGUGCUUGGCGGUCUCCUGGGCCAACCUCCCUGCUACAGCAGCCCCGCCAGAUGCCGACCAGCCCCUUUGCAAAGCGCGAGCAAAGGAGGCGGCGAGAGGCUGGGCCAGUCUGCUGCCUCUCAGCCCGGGCAGUCAGGGACCGCCCCCCGCCCCCCCCACACCCCCUUGUGUUGCAGCCGAGCUCAACCCUGCUUCUGUGCCAGCCCCACUGCUGCCUCCGUCUGAAGGGCCAGGAGCGACUCGGGGACGGCCCCCCCCAUGGCCCCCUGAGCUCCCGGCUGGAUCAAGCGCUUCCUCACCAACGGUGACAAACAGGCUGCGAAGACCCAAAUGGUUGUAAUGGCUUCGCUUUGUGUUGCUCGAUUGUAAACUGCUUUGGAGCCCUAUAUCAACAUGCGAAACAAUAAAAAAAAACACCCACACACA